AUGGGCGAAACGUCCUACCUGGUUAACAACGCUCAAUUCACAGAGGGCAAUGGUGCGCUGGGGUUGCGGGUAGGACCAAACAUGCUUCUUUCCAGUGCUACUGCGGCUAUGAAUAUGGAGAAUAGCAAUCAUAUAAUUAACAUCAUCCCUCCGGACAGCGACGACUCCGUGAACAUGGUGUCAUCUCGACUGAGGGAAUCGAAGAACGGCGCUAGAUUAGGAAUGCUCAGGCAGCUACGCGCAGCAUCAAGUAUCUGCACAAGCUCAAGCAACGCGGCAUGA